AUGUGCGGCUCGGCCCUGGCUUUUUUUACCGCUGCAUUUGUCUGCCUGCAAAACUGCCGAMGAGGUGCUGCCUCAUUUCUUCGGGCGGCCUGGGUAUUUUCACUUGUUCUUGGACUGGGACAAAGCGAAGACAAUAGAUGCACAUCUUCAGACGCAGUGUCCUGCGCCAGGUGCCUUGAGCUGGGUCCAGAAUGUGGAUGGUGUGUACAAGAGGAUUUUAUUUCAGGUGGAUCAAGAAGUGAACGUUGUGAUAUUGUUUCCAAUUUAAUAAGCAAAGGCUGUUCGGUUGAUUCGAUAGAGUACCCAUCUGUGCGUGUAAUCAUACCAAGUGAAAAUGAAAUUAACACUCAAGUGACACCAGGAGAAGUGUCAAUUCAGCUGCGUCCAGGAGCUGAAGCUAAUUUUAUGCUGAAAAUUCAUCCUCUGAAGAAAUAUCCUGUGGAUCUUUAUUAUCUAGUUGAUGUAUCAGCAUCGAUGCACAAUAACAUAGAAAAAUUAAACUCCGUUGGAAAUGAUUUAUCUAGAAAAAUGGCAUUUUUCUCCCGUGACUUCCGCCUUGGAUUUGGCUCAUAUGUGGACAAAACUGUUUCACCAUACAUUAGUGUCCACCCUGAAAGGAUUCAUAAUCAAUGCAGUGACUACAAUUUGGACUGUAUGCCUCCCCAUGGGUACAUCCAUGUGCUGUCUUUGACAGAAAACAUCACUGAAUUUGAAAAAGCAGUUCACAGACAAAAGAUCUCUGGAAACAUAGACACCCCUGAAGGAGGGUUUGACGCCAUGCUUCAGGCAGCUGUCUGUGAGAGUCACAUUGGAUGGCGAAAAGAAGCUAAAAGAUUGCUGCUGGUGAUGACAGAUCAGACAUCUCAUCUUGCUCUUGAUAGCAAAUUGGCAGGCAUCGUGGUGCCGAAUGACGGAAACUGCCAUCUGAAAAACAAUGUCUACGUCAAAUCGACAACCAUGGAACAUCCCUCGCUAGGCCAACUUUCGGAAAAACUAAUAGACAACAACAUUAAUGUCAUUUUUGCAGUUCAAGGAAAACAAUUUCAUUGGUAUAAGGACCUUCUACCCCUUUUGCCUGGCACCAUUGCUGGUGAGAUAGAAUCAAAGGCUGCUAACCUCAACAAUUUGGUAGUAGAAGCCUACAAGAAACUCAUUUCAGAAGUGAAAGUGCAGGUGGAAAACCAGGUACAAGGUGUCUAUUUCAACAUCACAGCCAUUUGUCCAGAUGGGGCCAGAAAGCCAGGCACCAUUGGAUGUGGAAAUGUGACAAGCAAUGAUGAAGUUCUUUUCAAUGUAACAGUUACAAUGAAAAAAUGUGAUGUCACAGGAGGAAAAAACUAUGCAAAAAUCAAACCUAUUGGUUUCAAUGAAACCACUAAAAUUCACAUACACAGGCGCUGCAGCUGUCAGUGUGAGGACCACAGAGGACCUAAAGGAAAGUGUGAGGAUGAAACUUUCCUGGACUCCAAGUGUUUGCAAUGUGACGAGAGUAAAUGCCAUUUUGAUGAAGAUGCAUUUCCAUCUGAGAGUUGCAGGUUACACAAGGAUCAACCUGUUUGCAGUGGUCGAGGAGUCUGUAUUUGUGGGAAAUGUGUAUGUCACAAAAUUAAGCUUGGAAAAGUGUAUGGAAAAUACUGUGAAAAGGAUGAUUUUUCUUGUCCAUAUCACCAUGGAAAUCUGUGUGCUGGGCAUGGAGAGUGUGAAGCAGGCAGAUGCCAGUGCUUCAGCGGCUGGGAAGGGGAUCGGUGCCAGUGCCCCUCAGCAUCAUCUCAGCACUGUGUCAAUUCAAAAGGCCAGGUGUGCAGCGGCAGAGGCACGUGUGUGUGCGGCAGGUGUGAGUGCACAGAUCCCCGGAGCAUUGGCCGCUUCUGUGAGCAUUGUCCCACUUGUCACACAGCCUGCAGUGAAAACUGGAAUUGUAUGCAAUGCCUUCACCCUCACAAUCUAUCUCAAGCUAUACUUGAUCAGUGCAAAACCUCAUGUGCUCUCACGGACCAGCAUUAUGGGCAUCAAACAUCAGAAUGUUUAUCUAGCCCAAGCUACUUAAGAAUAUUUUUCAUCAUAUUCAUAGUUACAUUCUUGAUUGGGCUGCUUAAAGUCCUUAUCAUUAGGCAGGCGAUACUACAAUGGAAUAGUAAUAAAAUUAAGUCCUCAUCAGAUUACAGAGUGUCUGCCUCAAAAAAGGAUAAGUUGCUUCUGCAAAGUGUUUGCACAAGAACAGUAACCUACCGCCGUGAGAAACCUGAGGAAAUAAARUUGGAUAUCAGCAAACUAAAUGCUCAUGAGAAUUUCAGGUGUAACUUCUAA